AUGGCCCGCCGUCGCCUGCCGGUCUGGCUGUGCGCUGUCGCAGCGCUGCUCUCGGGGACGCAGGCCAAGGGCACCCCGCUCCUCGCACGGCCCGCGCCGCCCGGUGCCCCCCGCUACAGCCUCUACACGACGGGAUGGCGCCCGCGGCUGCGCCCGGGGCCGCACAAGGCCCUCUGUGCAUACGUGGUGCGUAGGAACGUGACCUGCGUCCUACAGGAAGGAGUGGAGAGCUACAUAAAGGCCGAGUACCGGCAGUGUGGAUGGGGCCCCAAGUGCCCUGGGACAGUCACGUAUCGCACAGUGAUCAGACCCAAAUACAAGGUUGGCUACAAGACAGUGACAGACCUUGCCUGGCGCUGCUGUCCUGGCCUCACUGGAGAAGGCUGCCCUGAGCAUCUCACGGACCAUGGGGCUCACUCACCACAUCUGGAUUCAGAACCCCAGAUUCCCUCAGGGAAACUGGGCCCAGGCCCCAGGCCUCCUUCUUACAGCAGAGCAGCCCCAAGCCCUAAUGGAAGAAAAGGCCCAGGGCUGUUUGGUGAGAGGCUGGAACGCCUGGAGGGUGAUGUCCAGCGCCUGGCACAAGCAUAUGGGACUCUCAGUGGCCUGGUGGCCAGCCACGAGGACCCUAACAGGAUGAGUGGUGGCCCCAGAGCUCCUGCUGCCCCUGUGGGCUUUGGUGUCAUCCCCGAGGGUCUUGUGGACUCAGGAGACAGACCUGGAGGAUCACUCACACCUCCCCUGGGCGAGAUCCUGAGCAAGGUGACAGAAGUGAGCAACACACUGCAGACCAAGGUGCAACUGCUGGAUGAAGUGCACGUGCUGGCCCUCGGCCAUGAGGCCCACCUGCAGCGGCUGCGGGAAGCCCCUCCAACCCCACUGACCUCCCUGGCUCUGCUGGAAGAAUAUGUGGACCAACGGCUACAGCGACUCUGGGGUAGCCUGUUGGAUGGCUUCGAGCAGAAGCUGCAAGGCGUCCAGAGUGAGUGUGACCUGCGUGUGCAGGAGGUGCGGCGGCAGUGUGAGGAGGGCCAGGCGGCCAGCCAGCGGCUGCACCAAAGCCUUGAUGGCCGGGAGCUGGCCCUUCGCCGGGAGCUCUCACAACUGGGCACUAGGCUGCAGGGCCUGAGUGUAGCUGGCAUGGGCAGCUGCUGCAGCCAGCUGGCCUUGAUCAGUGCCCGUGUGGACAGCCUCGAGAGUAACCUGCAGGCAGUCACCAAAGCCCAACGGGGUCCUGGCACCCCUGCCGGGGAUGAGCUUGCACACCUGUCUGCUGCCAUGCUUGAGGGAGGUGUGGAUGGGCUGCUUGAGGGCCUGGAGGCCCUCAAUGGGACAGAGAAUGGAGUGAAGGGCUGCUGUCUGAGGAUGGAGACUGGAGGCUGGGGUGUGAGUGGCUUUGGGUCUAUGCUGGAAGAGCGGGUACAGAGCCUAGAGGAGCGCCUGGCCACACUGACUGGAGAGCUAAGCCAUGACAACGCCCCGCGGCCCCUCGUGCAGACAGAGCUGGCGGUGCUGGAACAACGGCUGGUCUCACUGGAGACCUCAUGCACCCCCAGUACCACCUCAGCCACUCUGGACRACCUCAUGGCAGAGGUGAAGGCCUGGCAGAGCCGGAGUGAGGCCCUCCUACGCCAGGUGGCCAGCCACACAGCUUUGCUCCAACAGCUCAAUGGUACUGUGGCCGAAGUCCAGGGACAGCUGGCAGAAGGGACCAGCAGCUCACUCCAAGGUGAGAUCACUCUGCUGAAGGUCAACCUGAACUCAGUGAGCAAAUCSCUCACAGGCCUCAGUGACUCGGUCAGCCAGUACUCUGACGCUUUCCUGGCUGCCAACACGUCCCUGGAUGAACGGGAACGCAAGGUGGAAGCUGAAGUCCAUGCCAUCCAGGAGCAGGUCAGCAGCCAUGGCUCAAGGCUUCAGGCUGGCCACAGGCAGGUCCUGAACCUGCGAGGAGAGUUGGAGCAACUCAAGGCYGGUGUGGCCACGGUGGCAGGGAGCCUCAGCCGCUGCCAGGACACAGCCCAGGAACUCCAGCAUGCAGUGGGUCACUUUGACCAGCGGGUGGCACAAGUGGAGGGUGCAUGUGGGAGGCUGGGCCUGCUGGCCGCCAGCCUGGACAGCUUGCCUGCAGAGCUGCUGAGGUCCAGGGAAGGCCUGUGGGGCCACGUAGACCAGCUGAAUCGCACUCUGGCCCAGCACACGCAGGACAUUGCCCGCCUUCAGGAUGACCUGUUGGACUGCCGGGCCCAGCUGGCUGAGCAGGUGAGGCCAGGGCCAGCCAACUAGGCAGGCUGGACAGGAUCUAAGCCCAGAUCCCACCAACUCUGGGAACAAUGUCCCAGAGCCCUCCUUACGCAGCAGCACCUCCCAGCCUUCUCUGUCCAGCCUACAUGCCACUUCAGGGGCCACUGGAUGAAUGGUCUUGGUUCACCUCUGCACAACUGUCCAAGCCAUCAAAGCCAGUGCUUCACAAACUGGACAAUUCAGGAUAGUGGUCAAGGCAAGGUCAUCGUGCCUGAAGGCCAG